AUUGCGGAAUUUCUUCUGGGUCCUUCAUCCUCUACUGUAACAUUGAUUUUGUUAUGUCUGACCCUCUGGUGGAUCCUCCACCGGUGGAACCCACCGACACGGCCAUUAUUUUGUCCUCAACACCACCUAGCGAGCCACCUCCGCCCUACCCUUCACGCGAACGCCGUAAUCGUGCGCAUCGCCACGGUCGGAGACGCAGGGAACUAGCUGUAGAAACAACACAUCAACAGGCUCCAUCUACUGGCACAGAAUCUGAUCUUGACGGCCUACACGGGCAACCGUUUCCUGAAUCCGACGAUGAACGUGUGUCCACUGCAGCCGAGACGACCCCUUUGCUAUCGCACCAGAGUUCACCACGGUUAUUGCAUGGGGGGAUUGGUGGCAGACAAAGGACGUUAUCUAUAACAAGUACACUCCAGUCAUCUGCAUCAAUAGCACCAUCCUUCGCGCAGACGAUUCUGUCAGCAUUCAAUCCCGAACGCGAUGCUGACCUUGACCCUGAAUGUGACAUCCAUGAUGCGGACGCUGAACCUUCACGUCGGGUGGACAUAUCACCAACUCAGUUUUUCUCAGUGGAGAGGGAGCCGCCGUUGUCGGAACAUGUUACCACACGUCCAAGGCGCAUGAGGUCUUGUUGGAGUAUGCUAGGGCGGUAUUUCAGACCUGUGAUGAGAAAGGCAUAUUACUCUGCGCUCUUCCACCUUUUGGUCCUCAAUUUCCCAUAUGCGCUAGUGGCAUGGAUUUAUCUCUUUGUGUUUACGCUGACGGGGACGACUACCCUGAUGGCACUUCCUCUUGGUGCUGUCCUUUGCUUCCUCGACCUUCUCGGAGCCCGUGCUUUCGCUCGGGGUGAGCUUGCGCUUCAGUCAACCUUCCACGGACCUCUUGCAUACCCUUCACCAUACCCACCUCGUCCAAUAUUCACCCGCAUACGGCCACCGACACCUGCUGAAGUCGAAGCAGGAAUUGGAACCACAUAUGAGCAUUCCUUCUACCGGAACGCCUAUUCUAUGUUCACUGAUCCUACAUCAUACCAAGCAUUAUUCUACUUCCUCGUCAUCAAGCCCGGAAUCACUCUCCUUCUCUCGCUCAUGGUCAUCAUCCUAGUUCCUGUUUCUUUCGUUCUCAUAUUCCCUUUCCCAGCUAUUUUACGUAUCGUCAGACGACUUGGUAUCUGGCAAGCAAAUGUCGCAGUCGAGGGACUGUAUUACGCAGUUCGUUGAUAUCUCUGGAUUGUGGGUUAUACCGUAGACGUAUCGACGGACGAUACUCGGAUAUCGU